AUGAAGGUGAAGAAUGUUGUUGCUAGACUUUAGACUCUUUUCUUGAGCAGUAAAUUGAUUCAUUGGUUUUAAUCGACCUGUUUGCCGCCACAUGUUGCUGCUCGUCUUCCAGUCAGAGACUCGGAUCACAGCUCCGAAGAGAAGCGAGAUGUCCGACGAGGACUUCCUGAGCUGGCUGACGUCUGUGGGAGGAACCCCCGCCGAGCUGCUGAGGAACCCGGACGUCCUGAAGCUGUUCCUGCCGUCGCUGAGGGCCGACCUGCACGUCGUGGAGAACUUCAGGUCGGACCGGCCCGGCGCUCCCUUCCUGUCCUGUCCCGUCACCUGCUUCGAUGGAAAACAGGACGUUCCUCACGACUUACAAGCCUGGAAAGACGUCACAUCCGGAGAUUUCACCGUGAAGAUGCUCGACGGCUCUCACUUCUACCUGAAGGAGCCGCAAAAUGAGAAGAUAAUCCUGGACUACAUCACCAAGCAGCUGGAGACGACCGGGAUGGACUAUUUAUGACCAGAAUGAUGACGUACAGCAGGUUGUGUUGAUUCAUUUAUCACCAUGUGCUUCCGUUGAACGAGUCUGACCCGGUUUUGUACCUUAAUAAGCCUCCAAAGUUAACAUUUGUAAAGUAAAUAGGUUGGAAUUAAAAAUCACAUAAAAAAAAACACGAUAAUGGACCAAAGUUUAGGAAUAAAUGUACCCCGGAGCAUUAAUAACAGCACUCAGACUGAAGAUAUUUAUGUUUUUAAUCCAGAGUUUUGAAUUCUUGUUGCAUAUUUCUCACAAAUUUAAACACUUCAAACUAACUACAACAAUGUACAGCAGUGUUUUUGUACUAAUUUAUCACGAUGUUAUUUAAUUCUGUGCAAUUCUUUGUCACUAUCAGUCCACAAAUAUCACAUUUAAUUGAUUAAGUCUAAUCCUGUUUUUAUGCCUAAAAAAAGACCCAAAAUUAAUUGGAAAUCAAAAUUGUUGUUGAUUUCUUUGAGUUUAUGAUUAAAAACGUAAUUAAAAUACACAAUAAUGGACCAAAUGUCUUCUUAAACUUCUAUUAACUCGUAUAGUAAUGAUGAAAUGAAGAAUAAACGCUCUUGGCAGCAUUAACAACA